UUCUCCGGGCUGCACGGCGUCACAGCGAUGUGUCAUCUCGACGGAUAAAUUACCGCUACUCCUCUAUGCUGUUCCGUAGCCAAGGCAAUGUUUGCCAACGACCGUUAGUCGGGUUAUUAUUGUUAUUUGCACCUGUUCUUCACAAUAUCCCUCUCUUAGUGUUGAAUUAGCAGGAUGUUUCCAGCGGGCAACAUGUCGCUCAUGGCGGCGGGUUUGGUGCUGCUCACCGUGGUCCUAUGCUCUUCUCACGUCAGUGCGAAUGAGGACUGUCUGUGGUACGUGGAUAAAAACGGCACCUGGCACAACGGCUUCGACUGCCCUCUCAUCACGUUCUGCUGCGGGAACUGCCACCGACGCUACUGCUGCCUGGACGCCUUCAAGAUGAUCACAGAGAGGGAGCAGAAACGCUGCAUGCUCUUCCAGUUCAGCCCCACUACGUUAGCCGGCAUCGCCUCCUCUAUCCUCCUGUUUGUGGCCAUCAUCGCCACCAUGGUCUGCUGCUUCAUGUGCUCCUGCUGUUACCUCUACCAGAGGAGGCAGCAGAGGGGCAGGACGCCCUACGAUGCCCAGCACAUCCCCAUGGCCAGCUAUCCAGUGGAGCCAAUGUAUGAUGCUUACGGGAAACCCCUAGGACCCCACGAGUAUCUACAUGCAGGGUAUCCGAUGGCGCCCCAGUACCCGGGCAUGCCCCCACAGUACCCUAUGAUGCCACCUGGACAUUAUCCCCCACACAUGAUGGAUCCUGCAUACGGCCAGGCCCCCCCACCUUACUCACCACCUCAGUAUCCUGGUCAUUGAUGGGCUCAUCCACACACACACACACACACACACACACACACACACACACACACACACACACACACACACACACACACACACACAAGUGGGAAACAACAGCAAUUGAGAAAAAGGACUGUUUGAAAAUAAAAGGCAGCAACAAUCUCACACUCAAACACACUGUCAUACACACACACACACACACACACACACACACACACACACACUACAGCUCGACCAGCAGCAGGCACUUUAAGUUAGUGUUUUUUUUAUGUAUAUUUACAAUGUUGUCCUACUUUUCUGGAGUAUUUAGUCAAAAUCUGGUCCGCAUCCUGGCGACUACUUGCUCCCGUCUGGUUUUGCGGAGGCUGUCACACUCUCCCUCAAAGUGACUCUGUGCUGCCACUUUGGGCUCUGGCACCUCAAUGACAGGGUGUCUCCUGAAGACGGGGGUCAUUACCUUACAGGAAAGGGGUCAGACGGGAUUUUCUAAAAAAUUAAACACGCUUCCUCUUUAGAUUUUCGAGAGAAGAGUGAUUUAGUUUGUCACUUUUGAUGAAUUUGAAUCAAUGAAUAACUGCCUGAAGCUACAUUCCAGGCCAAACACUAAUAUGAUUACAUGAUGUAUUUAUUUCUGCAUUUGAUGUUUUUCCCCACGUGAUGUGAUAGGGGCUGAGAGGAAAACCAAACUACAUGUUUGAACAAAAGGUGAAAUAUGUGGCUCAAAAUGGCAGCGUGAUCCUGUCCUAAAUGUGCAGAAUGACUUUAAGGUACUCUUUAUUCCGUGUAAGAAGCCUUUAGUCGUCUUUUGUUCCAACUUUUCUUCUUUGUAUCUGACUUGACUAAUUUACGUCAUGGUGGUAUAUUAGCUGCAACACACAAUGUAACAUCUCGCCAUCAGCAUGCUACCCCAGUCAAAGUAAUCUGUCCUCUCAUGCUUCUCUUCUGGUUUUAAAUGAAUUAGAAAUCUUUAGACUAAUCCCAUAAUGCCAGGUAGGAUGUUUUCCAGUGAUUUCAUGUUUAUGUUGUUAAUGUUUAUUUUUUGUAAUGUAUCAGGUCAGGAGAGAUGCAGGUCAAUGCUGCUCACUUAAAACAAAUGUUCAGACUACAUUAAAUGACCAUGAAGAGGAAAAAACUGAUUCAUAUUUAAAAUGUGUUUUUCAUAUUCUUCAGCUGAAUAUGUUAUGAUAAUGUAACACGUUAUGUUAAACAAAAUUGUAAAUCCUAACAUAGAAUACGUUUGGUAUUUAUUAUAAUAAUUGAGGGUACUUUUUACUGUGAAUGGGUUCUCACCUUGUGGACUAGCUCCAAAGCCAAAAAAUGAAGUCUAUUUUAUUAAUCACCUCUCUUUUAAAAUUAAAGUUUGACAUUUUGGGAAUAUAUCUGGGAUUUCUUAGAAUCCUUAGCAGGUAUAAGUAAUCAUUUUAACAAUGCAGUGGCAGACCAGAGUUAAAUUACAGUUUUCUGUAAAUAUAAUAUUAUUGUCAAAAAGAAGAUUUCAUAUAUGAACAACCUUAUUGUUCCUAAAGAUUAAAUUAUGUCCCAUUUUCCGGUCAUAUUUGGGCUUUAAAUGUCGGAUUUCUACCUUUCUUUUAAAUUUCUAUAAUGAACUGCAAUAACAUACUUAAACAUUUCAGAUAUAAACAAUCAAAUUGUUGCUCAUCAUAAUUGUAAUAUCAAAUACAUAAUGUAAUUGAGAAAAUAAAAAAAUUGCUUAGUAAAUAUUUUUAUUUGAAAUUUCAAUUUCGAUUAUUAGCGGUUUCCCUCUCUUUACAGUAUUUGGGCUAAGCUAACUUUUAAAGUUACCACACAGAUGCAAGUGGUAUCAGUCUUCUGAUCUGGCGGUCAACGACGAGCUAAGCAGAUAGGUGCGUCUCCCAAAAUGUCAAACCUCCUUUUAAUUCACACUUACAGAUUUGGGCUCAUGUGAGGUCAGGGCCUGUAACCUGUAAUGAUUCUGUAAUUGGCUUUAGCAUCUUGCACAGCCCUGUUCCUUUUUGUAAGAUGUGUGAAUUGUGAUGCAUCGAGCACGUGUUGUACAGUAAGCUGUCUGACUACUAAUAGGUGAUGAUGAUCUUUAUCGGGUGUAAUGUAUCUCAUGUCGAAGUGAGACAUUAAUAAUAUUAUGCUGAUCGAUUAGAGAAGUCUGGGCACUUCCUUGGGACUCACUGCUGUAACUUGUCCCCAAACGAGAACUAUCUCUGCUAGUUUACAGAAUAAAUUGUUUCCUUAAAUGGCCAAGUCCAUUUGUACAGAUUUGUUGAGCCAUUGUAAAGCACAAAGAACACUGGACUUUUUCUUCGUGAGAUGCUUUCAUAUGUAGUUUGACAAAACAUUUGCUCUAAACCAACUCCAUGAGUGUGUUUACUGAAACUGACAUCAGUUGGCAAAAUAACUUGUCUAGAUAUGUUACUUUUUGUCUUGUCAUAUGGAUGGAAUGACACUUUAACAUAAAGUAAGUAAAAAGUUUUUAUUUCUAUUAACAUAAAAUCUAACUUUGGAAUGUAAAA